CAGAGCAAAAUCGGAGUAACAGGCAUGAUACCUUCCUCUCUCUCUGCGACAAGACGGUCACUAUGCUAGUAACAUCUGUGUAAUUAACCCGCAUGUCACUUCCAAUGAGCGGAAUGCUUUGCUAAUGUAAACAAAAUGGUUUAAAAUUGCUUGAGGCUCCGACAAAAACACACCCGUUGCCGUCUCGCCGGGGUGCCGUGUGCGUUCGUCACCAUGUGGAAGUGCCACAAAUGUGGGAAACCCGUUUAUUUCGCUGAACGUAAACAGUCUCUUGGAUAUGACUGGCAUCCAGAAUGUUUACGAUGUGAAGAAUGCGGGAAGCGAUUGAAUCCUGGGCAACAUGCAGAGCACAAAGGUGUGCCUUACUGCCAUGUUCCUUGCUAUGGAGCUUUAUUUGGACCUCAAUUAUUUGGCCAUGGCACAAGAGUAGAAUCACAUACAAGUUUUGGGAAAAAGGAAAGUCGACCAUCUUUGCCAAGAUCGCAUUUGGAAUCCAAACUGAAAGUUUUUAAUCAGUAUUACGAAGGCAAAAGUGGAGGAAUUCGAAGUCGUGAGGUUAAUGGAAGAUUGAUAUUAGAAGGUGCGUUGAGAAUUCAUUGGGGAGUCCGUGGUGUAAUUCAUCUGAAGGAAGAUGAUGAUCAGCGUACAGUAGUUACUGCACGAAAUAGAAAUUCAUGUAGGCACAGUGUUUCUGAGGAUAUCGAAGACGAAGAUAAGAUAGAUGAGUUAUCUAAGAGCACAUCAGACAAUAGUGCAGAAAAUAAUGCAAAAUCUGUUCCAACAUCGCCUGAUCAUUUAAAGAGCCUCACUCUACCCAUGAAAUUGGAUGUUAAAAACAUGGAAUGGGACGAGCUGGACGAACUUCUACAGGUCGAACGAAAGGUCGAAGACGGUAACAAAUUAUAUCAGACGAUGCCUGAGAAUCUUCCAUCAAUAAGUUCACAGUCCAGCAUGGAUACACCACCGCUCUCAUCUCAAUCGAGUCUCGAUCGAUCGGAUUCCCGCGAGAAUUCGGAAACGAGCAGUCCCAAUCAUCAGACUACCAGUCGAGAUAACGACAGUAGUUUGAAUAGUACGCCAACGCACAGCAUAGGUAGUUCUUCCAGUACAGACACCCCUGUCUGUAAUUUAGGAGCCUCUAAUCGAAAUGGUACGCUUCGAAGAGUAGAAUAUUUCGACAACUUAGAGAAGAACACCAGCAAUAAAUCGAUUAGCACCGACGACAGUUGGAUCGAAAAGGGUCUGAACCGAUCAUUGUCUGGUCCUGAUUGUCUUCAGAGACACAGAACUGACAGUGACACGGAUUCAGUGAAUUCUUUGCAAUUCAGAGAGGACGACAAUAUGACUAUGUCUACUGACAGCGGAUUAGAGCUGGACGGUGUCGUUUUACGUCGCAAACAAGGCUCCACAGCGAUCAGACGGCGCCCGGGCGGCAGACGUCAAUCGCGAAACCGAUUACGACGUCGUUGUUCGAUCAACGGUCACUUUUACAAUCGAGAGACCAGUUUUUUCACGCCGCCUCACGGUUCGCAGAUGUCCGUCUGGGUAACAAGUCUGGUCAACACUCAGGAAGUUAUCAAUCUUAUGCUAGACAAAUACAAAGUCGAUGCCAAGUCCGAUAACUUCGCAUUAUUUGUAGUCCGCGACAACGGUGAACAAAGAAGACUAAAAGACGAUGAAUAUCCUUUGGAAGUUCGAGUAGUCCUUGGACCGCAUGAGAACGUUGCACGGUUAUUCCUGGUCGAUAAGCUGUCCACGCCUGAGAUCAGCUCCGACGUUGCCCAGUUUCUCAAUCUAUCUGUAGCAGAAUGCCAUGGUAUACUACAACGUUAUCACUACGAAGAAGAACGUCAAAUUCAUCUCUUGAGAGAAAAAUAUAAAGAGAUGCGAAAAAGAAUAAAGCAAAGAAUGGAGGAGCUAAAAGUUCGAUUGUAAGUAGAUUGACAAAUGAAUGUAUGCACACAAAGAUAUCUAAGCAAUUAUUUUUAUAAACGCUUAAACAAUUUCUUUGUAAAAAGAUAUUCAUGUGGCAGGAAUUUAUAAUAUAUCCUGUCGGAUAGGUAUGUAUUGCAGUAACAUGACACGAUCCACGAUAUAAAGCAUUUUUGAAAUAUCGUUCUAUAUACGCCUGCAUUUUAUUUUUAUUUGUAAUUUAACAUUUCGUUAUUGUUCUUUUUUAUUUUAAAUUUUUGUUGCAUUUAUUCUAUAAUCGUUACAUAUGGAAAUACUAUUAAUUAGUGCGCUUUAAAAUGGACAAAAGAAAAUCGAAUCUCUAGUGAUUUUAUAUCAAAUUUUCGCGUUUAUUGGAAAUGACAGUAUAUGAUAGACGUAAUAUGUGUGAAAUAUUUUUAUGCCUUGUUAAUAAGUUUUCAAGUAAUUAAUGAAAAGUGAAUAUUUUCAACUUAUUUUACGUUGUAAGCAAGGUGAUUAGAAAUUCAAACAAUAUUAAUGUAUAAAUUGCCAUUGCUGCAAUAGUUAAUAUUUAAUUAAUUUUAUAGGCAAUUAAUAAUAAUUAUGUAUAAAAUUAAUUAAAUGAAUGAAGAAUCGAGAAGAAGUAUAUUCAAUGUUUCACUGCAUGAAUGUUAUUUAUAAUCACACGUGAAAUUUUACUGUCACAAUAGAUAGAACAUUGUGUUUUAUCGUAAUUUUUCCAGCAUUCCGACAUCUCAAUGAAGUGAUGAAAAGUAAUGAAAACAUAUUUUUAUAUCGGUUUUUAAAGAAGAUCCGUUUAACGCGAACGAGAAGUCAUUUUUAUCUAAUGGAUGUCGAUAAUAACUGUUAAGAAUUUAAAGUCUUCUAUCCUUUGUAUGUUAACGUGGCCCAGAUAUAAGUGGAUACACACAUUCAGAGAGCUGUAUACAAUUGCUGUCAGAUACUCUGAUAUAGCAAUCCGGGACUAUUGUUAUGCGAAACAAAUUGCAGGGCGCGAAACAAAAUGCCACACGCAGCAAUUAAUCGUCAGAAUAUUGUAACGCGCCGCGAAUCUAUGGAAUCGCCGUUUCAAGCUAGUCAUGUUUCACGCUUAGUCACUGAUAUCGAUUGCAUCCAUCCCAUUUUCACCAAGAGGCCAAAAGCGACAUAUUGUAUACUGAGCCACGUUUACGUACAUUACAAAAUACGUUGUAUAUGCUCUCGAUCUGCCAGUUUAGAAUAAUAAAUAAUGAGUACGCCACGAUAUGCGUAAUAAAGAUACAUAUAUAAUUAAGUAUAUCUACACAGAAAAUUGUAUUAAAGGAUUAUAAUAACCUCCUAGGACGUAGACGGCUUUCUAGCAGUAAAAAAAAUAGUCCUCAUAAUCCUCAUAUAUUAAUUAACAGAAUAGAUCACAUUAUUGUGACGAUAGAAUAAGUUCAUCCAUUCGCCCCGAUUAACUGUUUUCUACUGCUAAUAGAUGGGCAAAUAUAUAUACGAUUGUAUAUAUUUCUUCCAAAUGCCGAUUAGCCGAGUAAAAAUACUCCGAAAUAACCAUGACAUAUUAAGUGUAUUUUACACUGGAAAGAAACAAAGUAUGCAACUGAUUAAACUGAAAGUAAAUAUCUGAGCAUGGAAUAUUGUAAAAAGAAACCCAACUGGAUUGAUGUGUAAUGUCGUUGACAAAAUAAUAAAGUGAAUAUGGUUGCUUCUUUUAUACGUAUA